ACUUGAAUCAAGCUCUUUUCUCGAUUUAUUAUUGGAGACCUGGUGGAAUUAUGUUGGGGGGAAAAUACAAAAAAAAUGAAUCAUUUGGUUCUUGGCUAAAAGUUGAGGGGUUUUUGCUUAAUCUAAUCUAAUUUGGCUUUAUUUGAGUUUUGAUUUGUUAGAGGCUUGUUCAAUAUCUGAAGUUUUUUACGUUUGCUUAUUUCUUAUGCUUUAGUUUUGACUGUUGAAUUAAAAAGAUCUCAUGUUCCAGUUGAUUGUUCGAUGAAAUCGAUAGCAGUCAUGGUCCUAAACCCUGAAGCCUCAACGGUUUCAAGAAGGAAAUUACUAAGGUGAAAAGAAACUAGAAUGACAAUUAUGCUGUCAACCAUUUCUCUAUCUUCAAGCACAGUCAAUCUAUCGUUGAAGAACAGUAUUGGAAGAAAACCUUCGUCAAAAUUUCAGCUUUUUACCAGAUUGGAUAUAGGAAGGAGGAAAGAAAAGCAUUACAAGAAGGAUUUGUGUUUGGUAAGGUGUAGUGGAGCAAUUGGUCAGAAAAUUGAGAAAAGAUAUGCGAGUAAUUCCAGAAAAGGUGAUAAAGGUGUGAUUUUGAGCGAAGGGAGAGAUGAUGAUCAGAAUUAUGGGCCUAUAUGUCCUGGUUGUGGAGUCUUUAUGCAAGAUAGAGACCCAAACUUCCCAGGAUAUUUUCAGGAAAGAGAGAAGAAAGUAAAAAGAUCGAUUGAAACAAUAGAUGAUUUAUUGGAUGAGAAUUUUGAUGAGGACUUCAGUGAAUUGGAGAUCUUGGAUAGUGAUGAUGACGAGGAUGACAUUAAGGCUAAACUGGAGAAGCUUGAAAAGGAUGGGAGUGACUGGGAUUCGGAUGAUUGGGAAUCGGAGUUGGAAGAUGAGGACGAUGAGUACUCGAAAGAGUUAGAUGGAUUCGCUCCAGCUGGUGUUGGAUAUGGUAACACCACGGAGGAGACACUAGAGAAGAGGAAAAGGAAAAAGGUGUCCAAGGCAGAGAGGAAGAGAAUCUCCAGGGAGGCUGAACGAGAGAUAGUGGAGGUGACAGUUUGUGCGAGGUGCCAUUCGCUUAGGAAUUAUGGGUGUGUUAAGAAUCAGGUGGCUGAGAAUUUGAUACCUGAUUUUGAUUUUGAUCGGUUGAUAAGCACGAGAUUGAUGAAGCCCACGGGGAAUGCGGAUUCCACUGUGGUGGUUAUGGUGGUUGACUGUGUUGAUUUUGAGGGGUCAUUCCCUAAACGUGCAGCCAAGUCCUUGUUCAAAGCGUUGGCAGAGGGUCAAGAUGGCAAGAAUAGUAAAAAGUUGCCAAAGCUUGUUCUGGUAGCUACAAAGGUUGAUCUUCUUCCUUCCCAGAUUUCACCCGCGAGGUUGGAUAGAUGGGUUCGGCACCGUGCCAAGGCAAAUGGUGCACCUAAGCUUACUGGGGUCUACAUGGUUAGUUCUAGGAAAGAUUUGGGUGUGAGGAACUUGCUUGCUUUCAUCAAGAAUUUGGCUGGGCCUAGAGGGAAUGUUUGGGUUAUUGGAUCUCAGAAUGCUGGGAAAUCGACAUUGAUCAAUGCAUUUUCCAAGAAAGAAGGUGUGAAAGUUGCAAAGCUGACAGAAGCUCCGAUUCCUGGAACAACACUUGGGAUACUGAGGAUUGGAGGGAUUCUUCCUGCUAAGGCAAAGAUGUACGACACACCGGGGCUUUUGCACCCGUAUUUAAUGUCUAUGAGAUUGAACAGGGAUGAACAAAAAAUGGCUGAGAUACGGAAAGAGCUUCAGCCCAGAACUUUUAGAAUAAAGGCUGGUCAAACCAUACAUGUUGGUGGCUUAGUCAGACUUGAUCUUGAACGGGCUUCUGUACAAACUAUCUACGUAACAAUCUGGGCAUCAAAUAGUGUGUCUCUUCACCUGGGAAAGAUGGAAAAUGCUGAUGAGACAAAGAACAAGCAUGCUGGAAUUAGAUUGCAGCCGCCUAUUGGGGAAGACAGGGUCCCUGAAUUGGGUGAAUGGGUGAAAAGAGAUGUUAAAGCAUCUGGAACAAUCUGGGACGUGAACAGUGUCGAUGUUGCAGUGGCAGGAUUGGGUUGGUUCUCGAUAGGCUUGAAAGGUGAAGCACACUUAAGCCUGUGGACGUAUGACGGCAUCCAAAUCACUCUCCGGGAGCCUCUGGUGCUUGAUCGGGCAUCAUCUCUUGAGCGGCCUGGCUUUUGGCUGCCAAAGGCUAUAUCUGAGGCCAUCGGGAAGCAGAAUAAACUCGAAGCUAAAUCUAAGAGAGAGGAUGGAGAUGAAAGUGCAGAUUUGCUUUCUGAAUUGCCUAUUUGAGAAGAAACAUAACAAUUUUGGAACAGGUGCAGAACUUGUGGUCAACCACGUGAAAGCUCGAAUGCGUUAUUGUUGAUGUAUUCUCCGUGGAUGCUUGUUCUGGCACGUUUUUCGUGAGUUUUCACCCUAAUACUCAAGCCAUGUGUGCUCCGGGGAUUUCAGUGCUGCCUAUCGAGCUAAUGGAGCAUUCCCGAUGGUGCUUGGGGGUUUCGGUGUUGAACAAAGAAGAGUGUUAUUAGGGAAAUUAUAUACUUCUUCUUUCUGUAUCUUAGUUCUUGAAUCUUGAUGUUGUAUUUUACCUUUCUGGGUACUCAGUUGUUGUAUUUUACCUUUCUGGGUACUCGAUUCUUUAUCUUACAAGUUAUACAACCCAUUCAUAGUUAAAAA